AUGCCGAAAUUUACUUAUUCAACGAACAAAAAUUAUAAUCAACGUGCAUCAUCACGUUAUUCGAACGAAUCAUCAUAUUAUUUUAUUCAUCGUGAAACUACAAUUGAUAUUCUUAAUGAAUUAAUUAAUUAUGCUAUAGUAGCAACACAUUAUACAUUAGAUACAGAAGAUCAAUUACAACCUCGACGUAAACUAUCAAAAGGUACACCGAUCCAAAUCCAAUUUGUAUGUGAAAAUCAUCCGUCGAUCAUUAUACUCAUUGAAACAUUAUAUUUACCUGAUGAAAGCUCACCCAUAUUUGAGAAAAUUAAAAAACUUUGUCGAACCGUUUCCUCCAACAAACAUCGUAUAUUUGCAUGGGGCGAUGUUGAACAACAAUUAUUAAAAUUUUACCAAUAUAAUUUAUUUAAUGAAGAUGGUAUUAAACAAAUUAAACCAAAACACAUACAAGACAAGUUUAAAGAAUGGUAUCAUGAAAAUCAUUCAUCAUCACUCUAUGUACGGAUCAAAGCCAAUGAACCAUAUUCAUUAGAAAUGGCUAUUUAUUUAACAUUUAAUCAAUGGUUCGACAAAAGAAUGACCCUUGCUAAUUGA